AUUUUUCCAAGGAUGAUCUCCAAUUCAGAGUUGAGGAAGCUUUUCUGUUCUGCGGAUGCAGUAUGUUUUGACGUCGAUAGCACAGUUAUCAGAGAAGAAGGAAUUGAUGAGCUGGCCAAAUUCUGCGGAGUCGAGGAUGCUGUGUCAGAAAUGACCCGGCGAGCCAUGGGUGGGGCAGUGCCUUUCAAAGCAGCUCUCACAGAGCGCCUAGCGUUGAUCCAACCCUCCAGGGAGCAGGUGCAGAGGCUUCUAGCAGAGCACCCCCCACACCUAACCCCCGGCAUAAGAGAGCUGGUCAGUCGCCUGCAAGAGCGAAGCGUUCAGGUGUUCCUGAUUUCCGGUGGCUUUCGGAGCAUCGUGGAGCACGUUGCCUCGAAGCUCAAUAUCCCAGCCUCCAAUGUAUUUGCCAACAGGCUGAAAUUCUACUUCAACGGUGAAUACGCAGGUUUUGAUGAGACGCAGCCAACAGCUGAAUCUGGUGGUAAAGGAAAAGUGAUCAAGUUUCUAAAGGAAAAAUUUCACUUUAAGAGAAUAGUCAUGAUUGGAGAUGGAGCUACAGACAUGGAAGCCUGUCCUCCUGCUGAUGUUUUCAUUGGGUUUGGAGGAAAUGUGAUCAGGCAACAAGUCAAGGACAACGCAGAAUGGUACAUCACUGAUUUCGUGGAGCUCUUGAGAGAACUGGAAGAAUAGCAGCCGCUUUGAUGUAAAUUCAGAUUACUUUCCAGAAGCUACACCGAUUGGCACCGUUUGCUUCCGGUUGCCCGUGACAACUUAAUACGUGAAGUUGGUACUUUCAAUUCAGCCAGAGUUGGGAAAUCCUAGAAGAGUCUUUUUUCAAAACUGUAGUUCUGCUGUUAUUAAGAUCAUUAAUUAACUGUGCCGUUUAUAACCAGAAUCUCUUUUGUAUAGUCCUAGCCAUAUUUUAUUCGAAGCCUUUUAAUGAUGAGCAAUAAAUUAAAUACCGUCACUCAUUGGAAACAAGGAUGCUACAGAAACCUUAAAGGAAUUACUGGUUUUUCCCUUUAGCUAUCAAUAAAAUUUUAUCCUUGUAUCCGAAUAG